UGCAUCGGGAAUUCAGAGAUAAAACGUCUCUUGAUAAACAGUGAGCUGCAGUCUUUUUGGUAUGGAGCUACAUCAAGUGUUUGUACAAGAUACUAAACAAAUUAUUGCUUCCCUAGAAAAUCGGACCGAUUCACAUCGAUUUUAUACGCUAUGUACAGUAAAUAUCGAAGUGACCUUUUUAUCUUAUCGUAGCGCACACACACAGACACUAUCAGUGAGCGGGUUGUUACUGCAGUAUUUGAAUAAGUAUUACCUAAGUAUGUGGCUACAUAGAUGUGUAUAGAUACAAGUAGCUUCAUUACACUCAUCAAAAUGACUAGGUUUGUGGCUGUGUUGGUAUUCCUGUUAACAAUCAUCUCUCCUGCAUCGUCCGAACCGAAGUGCUGCAUGCUUAACAAAUGGGAGGGUUUGGUUUACUUUGGCAUUGGUGCAGUGGAUAAGCAAAAUAGCUCAGGGAUACCUGGUUCUGACAAGACAGAUUUAUAUAUAACAAACGGGACAGUCCACGUGUCAUAUGACCAGGACAAUGGUCUGACAUAUAUAGGCUUCGACAGGUACACAAGGUCUGUACAGUCUCCCCCAGAACGAUCGCGAGGUAGCCUCAUCACCAAUUACAAAACGAAAUUUCAGUAUCUGGUUUACGAAAAUGGAACAUGUGAGAGGUCCCAGUUGACUGACAAUAUGACCGUAUAUUGUGCCUCAGAUUUCCUUAAAAACGACAACUUUCCGAUGGGGCGUAUCGUAGGAGCAACCCCAGUAACCAAUAUAGAGGUUCUUCCUGGCUCAUUCUUCUCCAGUAUCUACACAACGACAUACCAAGACGGUGCGCACUGUAUGCCGCUCUAUCUAGCCAUCGUUAACAACUGGCCAGGCAGUGACGGUGCUGGAGCGGGGGGUGCCGACGUGCUGGACAUUAAGGAAGGCAUCUCAGAUCCAUCUGUUUUUACACCUCCGCCGAACUGUUCAAAGCAGAUAUCCGAGAAGUCUAAGGAUCCAGUGUUUCUCUGGCUUUCCAGUUUCUUUGGUUAGGAAUCCUUAUUAAGUGUGACAGAAUGUGUCGAGAAAACAAAUUAUAAGAUUUGAUAGUUAUGUGUAUGGCUUUUACGAUUGCCUACUUGUUUUAUUAUAUAAAUCUCUUUUCACACA